CCAUAUAUAAUACCCUUCCAGGUAGAAGAACCAUCCUUCUUGGACUAUAAGGAAGGAUUAAGAAUGAAUUGGCCUUUUAAAUACUUAUCCUCAGACAUCUUGGCACAUAAUCCUCAAACAUCUUGGCACAUAAUCCUCAAACAUCUUGGCCUUCUAAAUACCUAUCCUCACCUUUCUCUUUCUUUCUCCCUUUCCCCCCAUCCUAUUUCUAUUUCACCGCUUCUUGCUCCAAUCCGUUUUUUUCUCUUUUCAACUUUCUCAACCAAUUUCUUAUUUAUGAAUUGUCCAAGAUAUUUAGAACCUUGGUUUUUAUGUAAAAUUUGAAAGUACGUUUGUUCGUGAUAAUGUAGGUUUUUUUUUUUUUUUGAUAACUCUUGAUAAUGUAGUUGAAGAUGUAGAAGUAUUUGACAAGUUAAAUACAAUUUGGGAGAUAUCAUAAAAAAACCAAAGUAGACCUGCCGAAAUUUCAAAGGAAAAUUUUCAAUUGGAAAAAUUGACUACGAUCAAAGAUUCUGAUCAAAUUUUGGUCCAGUGUCAACUUUUUGAAACCAUUACAUUUUGGGAUGACCAGAGAAAAGAAAAAAAAAAUUAAAUACGAGAAAAAGUGAAAGAAUCAAAUGACGUGUAAUCUUAGGAAAGCCCUUGAUAUCGGACGUGUAAUCUUUAGUCUGGCUCCAAGCCCUCGAGAAGAAGCCAGACAGACUCAGGGUCAGUUAAGUUAAGAUUGAGAGAGAGAGAGAGAGAGAGAGAGAGAGAGAGAGCGAGAACGAGAAACAGGGAACAGAGAGAGUUGUUUGAAUAAAAAUGGCGGUUGAGAAAGGAAGGUACUGUGUAACAGGGGCUGGCGGGUUCGUUGCGUCUUGGGUCGUUAAGCUUCUGCUUUCCAAGGAUUGUACUGUCCACGGCACCGUUAGAGACCCCAGCAAUGACAAGUACGCCCACUUGAAAAAACUUGACAAGGCAUCUGAGAACCUUCAACUAUUCAAAGCUGACUUAUUGGACUAUGAGUCCCUUCGUGCAGGGAUUCUAGGAUGCGACGGAGUAUUUCAUGUUGCUAGUCCAGUCCCCUCCAGCACUGUGCCAAAUCCUGAGGUAGAAGUCGUUGAACCUGCUGUGAAGGGAACACUUAAUGUACUUAAAGCAUGCCUUGAAGCAAAAGUCAAACGAGUUGUUUUUGUGUCCUCUGUUGCUGCUGUGAUCAUGAAUCCUAGGUGGUCUGAAGGUCAAUUGUUGGAUGAAACUUGUUGGUCGGAUAAGGAAUACUGCAGAAAAACUGAGAAUUGGUAUAGUCUUUCAAAAACUUUAGCAGAAUGGGAGGCUCUGGAGUUUGCAAGAAGAAAUGGGCUUGACUUGGUAACUGUCUGUCCUACACUUAUUUUGGGGCCAAUUCUGCAGUCCACUGUAAAUGCAAGUACCUUGGUCCUCAUCAAGCUUUUGAAAGAAGGGUAUGAGUCAUUGGAAAACAAGGUCCGAAUGAUAGUUGAUGUGCGGGAUGUAGCUCAAGCAGUCCUUGUGGCGUAUGCGAUGCCCGAGGCUGAAGGAAGAUACAUAUGCACCGGCCACCAUAUCAAGGCAAGAGAUCUCGUCGAGGAGCUGAGGAGCAUUUAUCCUGACUACAAUUAUCCUAACAACUUUAUUGAAGUAGAAGAACAACAGCGGUUGAGCUAUGAGAAACUGCAAAGGUUGGGUUGGAGUGCCCGACCAUUGAAUGAGACGCUCGUUGACACUGUUGAAAGCUACAAAGAGGCCGGACUUUUGGAUUGAAAAGAUAUCAUAGCAUGCUUUACCUAACUAAAUUUUCUGAACUCAUCUUACAAAGAGGAAAGUUUGGCUCGUUGCAAAUUAGCUUGGAGUCCACUUUAUUACAUAUGUUACUUUUGUCUUUAGGUAAUGAUAGUUAUUAUUAUACUUCAUCUUUUAGUUAUCUAUUCUGUUUGUUGGGAAAAUAGUCCUUUGGCUUUAGCCUUUAUGUUGCUAUUCUUUGACUUGUUCGCGUUGGCAUAAUCCAUUGAGGGAUCAUUUGUCUAUGGGAGGGAUGGGUGUUAGUUACCAAUUAAAUUUAGGUGUUUGGAUUGUCUUGAAAAGGGUCUUUGUUUUAGCCUUUCCCUACGAGUUCUUAUUUAGUGAAAUUUUUUG